AUGGUCAACCCAUAUGCUGUAUGGAACACUGCACGGGACAACACAACUGGCCCUGAAGGAUCCUCCGAUCCCCUCCCUUCUAUUUAUGGCGCUCUCCCUUUCUCAUCUCCAUCAGACACGUCCUCGUUCAUGACUUUCACAUUCAUCGGUUUCAAUCCGUCCAUUGCCAACUGUACUAUCCUAGGCCCAAACAACUCCCCGCAAUUCCGCGUGGUCACGGAUUCUGCAAUGCCGGGUUACACCAUCCUAAAAACAAUGGAUGGAAAGAACUCUGCACUGAUUGAGUGGCGUGAGCCAGUCAAAGUCGAAGUACGCGGCAUGGUCUUCAAACAGCGUGCUUCGGAGUUCUUGAGAAUUUCUCCUAAUCAGCGGUACCGAAUUAUGAUUAUCCGUUCCCAAGAAUUCAUGUGGAUUCCCAACGGCGGUGCUGUUUCGGUGCGGAAAUUUUCUGAAGUGCCUACACACCGGCGAGCAUUGAAUGUGGUCUUUUCGCAGCUUUACACCACCGGCUCGAGCGACUCUGAAUUUUUAGGCAGAAUUUCUCGAAGUGUAGGGGCCAUCACUCUUGAAAUGACGCAGAAUGCUGUCAGAUUAGGCCUUCUGCAGGCAUGCAUCAUUACUACUGUUCUUCUUCAGAGUGGCGAGAAUAUCGACUGA